AUGAAAAGUCUAACUUCAAAGGAUUAUAUAAACAAAUAUACUCAUAUCUUUUAAGAAUCUUUACCUCUUUGUAUAUAAUAUAGAAAGGACAAGGAAUGGGAUUAGAUUAUUUACUUAAUAGGAGAUCAUAUUAAAGAAUUUGAUAAGCUACCAAAUGGAAUCAAACAAAAAGUAGAUUAAUUUACAAAAAGCUCAUUAUAUUUUUUUUUAGCUGAAGCCCAAUAUCACUUAAAAUAAAGUUUAACAGCAGAGGGAUUAUUGGAUCUUGAUACAAAUGAUGAAAAGAUUAAUUAAAUAAAAGCUAAAACAUAUUUCAUGUUAUAUAAGUAAACUAAUAAAAUUGAACAUAUUGAAUAUGCAGCUAAAUUAGCAGAAUAGUUUUUUGGAACUGAUCAUAAAAUCAGUUAGUUUUAUUAAACUGAAUUAGAAUAAAGAUAAAGAAAAAUUAAAUUCUUAUAGUUACAAUCAAUACCUAAUUUUGAAGUUUUUAAACAAGGAUUAGAAUUUUAAUAUUUUAAACAUUAAAGCAAAAAAGAAAUUCAUUAAAAAAAAGGUAGAAAUAUGCAUUUAAGUGAAAUUGAAAAAUUAACAACUGAAGCAUCAACCUUUGAACCAUCUAAAAGAAUUAGAUAUAAAGGUAAUGAAUCAUUACUUAAAAUAUCUGAUUAAAAAAUGAAUUUAUUUCUUCCUCUUUAAAGUUCUAAUAUAAAUUCAAAAUCUAUAAUUUAAUUCAGAUAGAAUAAUAUUACAAGUGAAUUAAGAGGAUCUCAUAAAUUAGAUUCUGUUUAAGAUGUACCAAUUGAAGGAAAUAAUAUAUAAGAAUUACUUUUACAAAGACCUUAAUCAUGUAAAUAGAGACAUCCUAAAAAAUUAGUUAAAAAUUAACCAUCUCCUUAAAAACAUCAUCAUUAAUAAUCAAGUUUAUCUUAAUAAUAAUAAUAAAAUAGGAAUACUUUAUUAAAAAGAAGUUAAAUAAAAUUACAUUAAUAAAAUUUAAUGAAAAGUAGUUCUAAAUAACGUAUAGAUAUUAAAGAAUAAUCUUAAUAAAAAAUUUUGGAUUCUAAAUCAAUAUAAUGUGAAAUGUCAGAAUAAUCAAGUUAUUUUAAGAUUGAUUAAUAAAGAGUAUAAUAAGAUUUAGACUUUCAUUUUUCUCCUAGAAUUGGAUAAUCUUAUUAUAGUUUAAAUACUAGUACUGGUAGAAGUAAACAUUAAAUUGAUAAUGAAUAUUUACAUAAUAGAUUAGAUGGAUUAUAUAAAAUUUAAUAAGAACAUGCCUUAAGAAUGAUAAUAAAGAAUUUUAGAAGUUUUGUAUAAAAGUAAAAGAUAUAAAAAAGUUAAGAUUUAAUGAAAAAGAGUACAGCUAAAUAACAUUUUUCUAAUUUAGUAGUUGAAGUUGGUGCAACUAAAAAUAUGUUAAUAGAAGAGAAAAUUGCUAGAAUUAAAUAGAUUCUUCAUAUAUGUUAGGUGAUAGAUUAAGGUUCAUUAAAAUCAUGGAUGAUUUAUUCACCAAUUAAAUAAAUUAAUGCAGUCUCUUGGAAAAUUAAGAAUUUUUCAUGGAUCAUAUUCAAACGAUUAAAAACUAAGAAAACAUAAAUCCAUCCAGAUAUAAUAAAAUUAUAUAAAGAAACACCUAAAUAUAGAUAAAUUAUAGAAGUAUGGAGUAAUAGUAUUGAUGGUACUAAUGCUAUAUUUGUUUUAAGUAUUUCAAUUGAAAUUAAAGGUAAAUAAUAUGAUAUAAGAUUACAUUUAAAAAAUAUAUAAAAUAUUUCUAAAGAUUUUGAAAAUACAUUUUCAAGUACAGAACUCAUUUCUCAAUUAAUAAAUGUUUAUUUUUAAUCACAUGGUAUACAAUAUAAUAAUUCUAUUAAACCUACAACUUAAUUUAUUCAAACUAAAUAAACAUUAUUAAGAUAAGAUAUUUUAAAAAAAGGAUGUUAAAAUAUAUCAAAUCAUUUAAACUAAUUAUUUUUAAAUAAUUUUCUAUAUAUGAGAACUGAAAAUGGAUAUAAAUUUAGAAGAGUUACAUUUUCUGAAUAAGUUCUUGAAAAUUAAGUGGAAUUAUAUAGAUAAAUUGAAUAAAGAAGAAAUCUAAUUAAAAAGACAUUUUCUCCAUUUCAUGUUGGUAGUAGAUAUUUUGGUAUUAAAAAUUCUAAUUUAAGAAAUCAAAAAUUAUUAAAAUCUUUGUCUAUUGCAAUAGAAUUAUAAUCUCCUGUUUUAUAGUCAAGAGGAAUGUCACCUUAUAAUUACUGGUAAGGUUUGAGAUCUUAAUCAUUUAAAGUAGAAUUUUAAGAUGAAAUCAUUGAAGAAUCCAGUUUUACACCAAAAUCAGGAUUCUCCUAAGCUUCACCUAGAUCUUCUAUUUCCCCUUAAAUUAGAUAAAAGAAUAAUACAUUUUCUUCAUUUUCUUAAAGUUCUUCAAAUCUUAUCAAAAAAACUAAUAAAAAGUAAAAACCUAUUAUAGAUGAUUAUUUUAAAAAUUAUCCAAAAUAAAGAGAAAUAAUAUUAAAAGAUUCCAUUCCUUUUAAUCCUUAUUAGAGUCAAUAAGUAAUUAUAUAAUGAUUUUAGAUAGAUUUUACUUCUUUAUUUAACACGUAAUAAAGAAGGCUGGCAUAUUAAUUAUCUGACAUUUACAUUUAAUUUUGAAAAUCCAGAAAAUUUUGGUCACUUUAUUCUACAUACUUAUUAAUUUUAAGAAAAGGAAAUUAUUUAAAUUUGCUAUUCCUUACAACAAUUCAGUAAAAUUGUAAAUAUUGAUAUAUAUAUAUUAAAAAUAUAUUUGGGAUAUUAUAGAAAUAUUCCAUAUAUAACAAAACUCAAUUAUAUGAAAUAAAUCAAUCAAUUAUAAGAAUUUACUUAUAAAACAAUCAUUAAUAAUAAUUUUUAUGAGUGUCCAGAAUAUAAAAUAACAAAAAGGAUUGAAAGAAAAUCAUUAAUUAAUGACAACUCAUAAAUAAAUAAAGAUCAUUAUUAUAUUUUUAUUUUUAAACCUUUAAAUCAAUUAAGAAUUAUAUUUAAAAUUAAAUAAUCAUUCUUUAAAGGUAAAGAAAUCUAUGAAUUAUAUAUGUACAAAAUUUCAUAACCAAAAUUUAUAUAAAUAAAUAAUUCAUAAAGCUUAAUAAAAUUAUAAGAAUUGUUUUAGAAAAUCAUACAUUAAUAAAGUAGACCUACUAUUGGUGAAUUUUAAUAAUUAUAAAGAGUCUUAAAUUAUUAUAUCCUUUAAGAAUAUAAGGCUAAUGGAAGCUUUGUAACAUUGGGCUUUUAAAAUUAAACAAAAUAAAUUUUUAAUUAUGAAUUGAAAUCAAGUUCAACUUAAGAGAUUUAUAAAAUAUUACUAAAACAUUUAGUUGCUAAUGAAUAAAGUCAUAUUAAGAAUUUAUUAAGAACUUAUUGUAAAAUAACUAAAUUUUAAGUAGUUUCAAAAUUAAAUAAUUUUAAAGGGAUGAAUUUAUUAUAAUUUACUUAAUAUUUAAUGGAGGAAGAUAUAAUGAUUUUAGAGAUUCUAAUAUUUCCAUUUGAAAAACGAUUAUCAUCUUUUAAAACUUAUCUCAAUCAUAAUGAUUUAUAGACAUUCUAAAUCUUGAAUCAUUCUGUAGAAGAGAAAGCUUUAUUCUUAAAAAAUUUACUAAGUUUAUAAUAUAAUGGUAAUUCUUAAUAGGUUCAUUUGUCUCUAAAUUCAAAUUUUAAAUAUGUAAAUUAGAUAAUUGAAAAUCUAGGAUAAAAGGAAAAAACAAAUCUUUUUAUAAAAUAGAAAUAAGCUAUAAAAUUAAUAUUUUAAAAAGUUAAGAAAUUGAGUAAGCAUUUCUUAAUUGUUUCUCUAUUUUAAAAUACUUUAAAUCAUGAUUUAAUAAUACAAAUUUAUAUUCCAAAUUUAUGUAAAUAAUUUAGAAGUGUUAUGUCAGAUUAUGAAUUUGGACAUUUAAAUCAAUCAACAUUAGAUAAGAUUAUUCCUGGAAAUAUCUUAGAAAAUUUGGAUUAGUAUUUGAAUCAAUUUCCAUAGAGAUAUAAUAAUUUCAUAUAAUUUAUGAGAUAGAAAAAAUUGUAACAGAUUGAUGAUUAAUUUUCAAUAAAAUCAAGAUUAAGUGAGAGAUCAGGAAUCUCUUCUAUUAGUAUUUAAAAAUUUAAAGAUCAAUAUGAAUAAAUGCUAAUGAAUUAAUAAUAAUCUGAUUAAUCUCAUGGAUUUAAUCAUUAUCGUUCUUAAGCCUAAUCUCAAACUGGUCAUCAAUAAUAGACUUAAAUGAAAUAAAGUCAAAAGAUUUUGAGAAGUGAAAGUAAGAAACCUUCAUCAAGAACAUAUUUUGGAAAAUUAUCUCAUCCAUAAAGAGUAUCACAUGAUGUAUAAAGUAUGUAUUUAAUUUAUAUAUGUAGUAUUCAAAGAAAGAGUUAGUGUAAAACCAUCAAUAAGCAAAUUUGAUACAUUUUAUGAUAGCAUAAAAUUGUAAAAAAUCUUAAAAAUUGCAGCAUUAUCCAAAAAUAUUUCUUAUAAAUUUAUAAUGUGUUAUGUACUAUUAAUUAUUUAAAUAGUUCUGGGAAUAAAUGAUUGAAGAUAGUAAUAUCAUAAUGACUAAUUACAAUAAAUAUAUAUUAUAAAUAGAUACUUAUAGAGGUAUAUUAAGAUAAUUGGGGUAUUUUAUUUUAAGUUAAUUUUAGAGUUUCUAAAUAAGUUUUUAUUGAAGAUGAUUAUUAAGCAGAAAUAUUUUUUGAGUAAUAAUAAGUUGAAUAUGGUUCAAUGUUUGAGAAAUAUAGUUUCAUAUCUCUCAAAGAAUCAUAAAGCACAAAUAUCUAUUUUUCAUAUAAAAAAUUAGAUGGAUCAAUUUAAAAAACUAUAAAUUUGAAAUGUCAAUUUAGACAAUGUAUUUAUAAUUACUCAUCAGUAUAAUAUUUAUAAAUAAAAUUUAGUUGAAUCAAAUUUCUUAUAAUACAGCAUUAAGGAUUCUUAAAUAAAGUAGUGAAUACUUAACUGAUUAAAUAAAGAAUAAAAAAAAAGUAAUUGAAUUUCCUAAAGUUGAUAUUAAAAGUAUAUAAGCAUUAAGAACAAAUAAAAAAUCGAUAAAAUUAGAAACUUAUAUUAAUAAGUAUGAUAAAAAAAUAUUAUAUUUAGUCAUUCUAAAUAUAAGUUUAUAUAUUCAUCGAGAUUAAUGAUGAAUGUAAUAGUGACUAUUUUAUAUAAAAAUGAAAGAUUUUAUUUUUAUUUGGAAGAUUGUUAAAAACAAAUAGAAUUUUCAAUCAAAAUGUCAAUCAAAUCUGUUUAAGAUAACAUUCCUCAUAUAUCAAUGCUUCUACAAUGUUAAUAAGAAUAUAUAAUUGGAUAAAGAUUGUUAUCAACUUAUAAAAACUUUUUAAUAAUAAAAGCAUAUGAAAAGUUAUUUAAAUUCAAUAAUUGA